ACUUGCCCCGGUCACUGAACCGUGCGCGGUGGGAGGGGAAAAAAUGGCCGCUCGCGGAGCGACGCUCGCAACGAUGAACGACAACAACACAAACACAACCCCCUCGGAAUGUGACAGCUGACCCGAACCGACACCAGUACACACGCCGGCGGAUGGGUAUCGAGGCCGGCGGCGGGGGAGGACAGGAACGACAGCGUUUGUGUUUAAGUUAUAAUCUGAGGGAAAGAGGUGAGUUAGCUACCUUGCUAACGUUAGCCGCGCGCUAAACUGGAGCGGAACGAACCAGUAAAAAAUACAGAAACCAGACCAGAACAGUUGCUUUAUUGCUGCUAGAAUGAGCGGACCGGGUCAGGACAGCGAGCCUGAGGCUAAAGUGCUUCAUAUUAAACGUCUGUACAGGGCUGUGGUGGAAACAGUGCAUAAGUUGGAUGUUAUAAUCAGCAGCAAGUCGUCCUAUAGGGAGGUCUUCAAACCUGAGAACAUCAGCUUGAGGAACAAAUUGCGGGAACUUUGUGUCAAGCUGAUGUUCCUGCAUCCGGUGGACUAUGGACGCAAGGCAGAAGAACUGCUGUGGAGAAAGGUCUACUAUGAGGUCAUUCAGGUCAUCAAGACCAACAAGAAGCAUAUUCAUAGUCGCAGUGCUUUGGAGUGCGCCUACAGGACCCAUUUGAUUGCUGGGGUGGGCUUCUUUCAACACCUGCUGCUCUACAUCCAGUCACAUUAUCAGCUGGAGCUACAGGACUGCAUCGACUGGACGCACGUCACUGACCCACUUAUUGGUCGUAAGAAACCAGUCUCAGCCAGCCCUAAGGAGAUGGAGUGGGCCCAGAUGGCUUGUCACAGGUGCCUUGUGUACUUGGGAGAUCUCGCGCGCUACCAGAAUGAACUGGCGGGAGUGGAAGCGGAGCAGCUGGCCGAACGCUUUUAUCACCAGGCCCUGUCUGUCGCUCCUCACGUCGGAAUGCCGUUUAAUCAGUUGGGUACAUUGGCUGGAAGUAAAUUUUAUAAUGUUGAAGCUACUUACUACUACUUGCGCUGUAUUCAGUCAGAGACUCCCUUUGAUGGUGCUUAUGGGAAUUUAAAGCGUCUUUUUGACAAGGCAGCCAAGAUGUACCAUCAGGUGAAGAAACAAGAGAUGAAGAAACUGUCACCAUCACGCCAGAGGUCAAAAGACAUCAAGAGAUUGCUGGUGAGCUUCAUGUAUUUGCAAAGUCUGUUGCAGCCCAAGAACAGUCUGAUGGAGACUGAGUUGACGUCACUGUGCCAGUCUGUGCUGGAGGACUUUAAUCUGGUGCUGUUCUACCUGCCACAUCCUACUCACGGCAGCCAAUCAACCGGCGAGGAGGAGGAGGAGCACGACUCCAUCUGCUCCGUGUUACCUGACAGCCUCAUAUUCAAGAUGGUGGUGACUUGCCUUAUGGUAGUGCACAGGCUGAAGCGAGGAGCCUCAAAGCAGUACAGUGCCUCCAUCGCCUUCACAUUGGCUCUGUUCUCACAUCUGGUCAAUCAUGUGAACAUUCGACUGCAAGCUGAACUGGAGGAGGGCGAGAGUGAUGUCACGGCCCUGCGCACUGAUAACACGGAUGAGCCUGAGGCCAGAGAUUCCAGUGAAGCUCCCUCUGAAGACAGAACCCUGCAAAACGGCUCCCUGGAGGAUGACGAGGAGAAAGAAAAUGAUGAAGAGCAGCCUACAGGGAAUGGAAGUACGGCGGAGGUAAAGAAAGCACUGGAGAAGAAGAGGUCAGCAGAGGAGAAGCAAAAACAAAAGAGGAAGUUCUCGCGUCUAUCCAUGCUCCGCCGCAGACGAUGUGCUCACAAGGAGGACGAAAGCGACCUGAGCGAAGGCUUUGAGAGUGAUGAAGAGGAGGAUGAGGAAGAUGCCGUGCCGGUCGACGGUCUGGGAUCCUCCAGGGUCCAGAUGAACUCUUUAGCGAGAGAGGGGCGGAAAGAACCGCUGGCUGUGGAUGGCCGCUGGGAAAGCGGUUCGGAGGAAGAAGAAGGGGGCACGGCUUUUGACGUCGAGACGGAUUCCGACAUGAACAGUCAAGAAUCUCGUUCGGACCUGGAAGACAUAGAAGAUGCAGAGAAUGCGCCGCAACAUCAGCAACCAGAGGAAGAUGAGCAGCCACAACCAUCCAGGGAAGAAAACUCAACCCCGCCAGCAUCCAAUGGCCCUCUAGUUACUAAUGAUGCCAGCAUCAGCAGUAACCUACAGGCCAUGUCUUCUCAGCUUUUCCAGUCCAAGCGUUGCUUCCGGCUUGCUCCCACUUUCAGCAAUGUGCUGCUCCGCCCACCGGCUACCACUAACCCCACCUCAGACUCCAACCCUAAACCCUCUCAAGAAAUCACACCCCUUCCAGAAAAAACAUCUAGCAACAUGAGUCCAGAGAUUGUUAACGGAACGAAUGACAAUGAUCCUGACUCUGAUUCCGAGGGCAGCGUUCACAGCAACCAAUCGAUUCCCAGUGAGAAAACCCUUUCUGAACGGCUGGAGAUUCUGACGAAUCAGGAUCUUAUCCAGAUAGUGAAGGUCUUUUUGGAUUGGCUGAGGACAAACACCGACAUUAUCCUGAUGUGUGCUCAGAGUUCUCAGAGCUUGUGGAACAGACUCUCAGUCCUGCUUAACUUACUACCUGAGGGCACCAAGAUUUUGGAAGCAGAUCUAGGCUUGAAUAAAGAGGUGACAGAACUCCUAAAUGAGUCUGAGCGGCCCGGUUUGGUCCAGACGUUGCUUUUGCCUGAGGAUCUGGCACUCCGCCACCUUCCUGCCCUCAGUUCGGCCCAUCGACGCUUGGACUUCACUAGCCAGAGACCUUCUCUUAGCCCUUUGGAGGAGUGUGUGGUGCGCUUGGGCUGCAUUCGCAGCUUUGGCCACUUCCUCACAAAUCUCCAAGGCAACGUGCUGCACUUCAACCCGGAGGCGGGCAUCUUCACCAGCAUCAGCCAAUCGGAGCAGGAGAACCUCAUUCAGCAGGCCAAGGCCCAGUUCCGUAUGGUAAAUAACAUGCAUUUAAUAAAGUAAUAGAUAAAGCUCAAC